AGAGGCCUCUGCCUGGGCACUGAUUGGUCGCGCGCGGAGGCCAAGCCCGCCCCCCGUUUUCCGCUCACCAGCUCGCAGAAGCCGCCGGGGUCUCCGCAGAGUCUUGCGUUUCUAGACGCCGAGCAGCCCUGCAGUUGCCAUGCCGCGUGGAAGCCGGAGCCGUACCUCCCGCAUGGCCCCUCCGGCCAGCCGGGCACCUCCGAUGAGAGCUGCACCCAGACCUGCGCCAGCCGCUCAGCCGCCGGCAGCAGCUCCACCGUCUGCCGUUGGCUCACCUGCUGCUGCACCCCGGCAGCCAGGUCUGAUGGCCCAGAUGGCAACCACUGCAGCUGGCGUGGCUGUGGGCUCUGCCGUCGGGCACACACUAGGUCAUGCCAUCACUGGGGGCUUCGGUGGAGGAAGUAAUGCUGAGCCUUCAAGGCCUGACAUCACUUACCAGGAGCCUCAGGGAACCCAGCCAGCAUACCAGCAGCAGUUUGGCCCCUGCCACUAUGAGAUGAAACAGUUCCUGGAGUGUGCCCAGAAUCAGGGUGACCUUAAGCUUUGUGAAGGUUUCAGCGAGGUGCUGAAACAGUGCAGAUUUGCAAAUGGAUUAGCCUAAUCAAGAAGUUCAAGUUGAAGAUAUGGAAAAUCAUCUCCCAUGACCAAGUUAAUUUAGCAUAAAAAUAUAACUGAUAGUGAAGAAAUAAAGUGUAAAACCACCAGUUAAACCUCUCCUCUAUCAUUAAAUACAGCUUUCUUCAGAAUUGGAAUGAAAACAGGUGUUCUUACUGCAUAGAAGUUCAUUGUGAGGUAGUUUUGAGUUUGGAGCUGGGCAGAUGUUCGUGUGCCUCCUUAAACCAGCUUUUGUGACAUUGUUUGUGAAUUAAUUAGAAUAAAGUGAUUUUCUCCCA